GCAGAGGAACAGCAGAUGGACUGGAGAUAACCAGAGACCCUCCGUGAAACAGCUGCUGCCAGCUGUGCUCAGUCUGUUUUGAAAAAUGGGAGACUUUGCAAACGAGAGCACCAGCAGUAACUCCAGCGGAGCGCCCACCUCCGCGCCGUGCCAGCGCGACACCGCCGUGACCCACGUGCUCUUCCCAGUGCUCUACACGCUUGUCUUCCUGCUGGGACUCACGCUGAACAGCCUGGCUAUCUGGGCUUUCUUCCAUAUUCCAAGCACAUCGACUUUUGUGGUCUACCUGAAAAAUACCUUAGUAUCUGAUUUUAUAAUGACUCUGAUGCUUCCUCUGAAAAUCCUCACAGACUCUGGCCUGGGACCGUGGCAGCUGAAGGCCUUUGUCUGUCGCUUUUCAGCUGUAAUAUUUUAUGACACCAUGUAUAUUAGCAUAGUGCUCCUCGGUCUCAUUGCUUUUGAUAGGUUUCUCAAGAUCGUGAGACCUUUCGGGAAGUUCUGGGUGCAACAACUGAGCUCAGCAAAGAUCCUUGUGGGUCUGGUCUGGCUCUUCUUCCUGGCUCUCUCUGUGCCAAACAUGAUCUUAUCGAACAAGAAAGCAACACCGCAGUCGGUGAAGAAGUGUGCCUUGCUGAAGAGCUACCUUGGACUCAAAUGGCACGAAGCUGUCAAUUACAUCUGCCAGUUUGUCUUCUGGACCGUUCUCAUUCUUAUGCUUCUAUUUUAUGUAAUUAUUGCCAAAAAGGUGUAUGAGUCUUACUUAAAAACACAAAAGAAAGAAAGCAAAAAGAAACCAAGGGUCAAGGGGAAAGUAUUCAUCAUUUUCACCGUGUUCUUCUUCUGCUUUGCCCCCUUCCAUUUCAGCAGGGUUCCCUACACCCUGAGUCAAACGACAACCCGGAUGGACUGCCGCCUGCAGAACCAGCUUUUUGUCGCCAAGGAGAGCACUCUUUGGCUGGCUGCCACGAACACCUGCAUGGAUCCUUUGAUAUACAUUUUCUUGUGCAAACCAUUCCUAGAGAAGAUACUAUGCGGGAAAGUAAGCACGCUUCAGAGAACAGCUCACGUGAACCCGAGAACCGAACUGGACACAGGAACCUUGGCCAUCGAAUCUUGAUUCUGCAGCUUCAUGCUCUGGAGUCUUUGCAAACCCAUAGAGAAAUUAAGAAAUUUGUUUGACUGCUGCUGUGAAAGCUGAAGGAUGGUGGUGCUGUAAUACUUAAUAAAAAGGGCAGGCUGGA